AUGCCGCUCCGACUAGACAUCAAGAAGAAGCUUUCUGCGAGGAGCGACCGAGUGAAGUGCGUUGACUUUCAUCCUACAGAGCCAUGGACUUUGUCAGCUCUGUACUCAGGCAACAUCUUCAUUUGGGAUUACAACACCCAGACUCUAGUGAAGCAAUUCGAGGUUUGCAAUUUGCCAGUGCGGUGUGCAAAGUUCGUCACUCGCAAACAGUGGAUCGCGACUGCCUCCGAUGACAUGCAUAUUCGAGUCUUCAACUACAACAGCUUGGAAAAAGCACAUGAGUUUGAGGCUCACACAGACUACAUCCGGUACAUCGCCAUCCAUCCCACUUUGCCUUACCUCCUGUCCUCAUCAGACGACAUGUCCAUCAAGCUGUGGGAUUGGGACAAGAACUGGCAGAACCUUCAGGUUUUUGAGAGCCAUGCGCACUAUGUGAUGAUGUGCCAAUGGAACCCGAAGGAUACAAACAUUUUUUGCUCGUGCUCCCUGGAUCGCUCCAUCAAGGUUUGGGGAGUUUCAGGUGGAGCAGGUGGUUCAAGCAGUUGCCACUUUACAUUGACUGGACAUCAGCGCGGAGUGAAUUGUGUGGAGUACUCUCCGGGUGGUGAGAAACCAUACAUUAUCUCUGGGUCCGACGACAGAACUGUCAAGAUCUGGGACUACCAAACGAAGCAGUGCAUACAGACCUUGAGCGGCCACACCAACAAUGUCUCAUAUGCGCUUUUCCACCCUGCCUUGCCCAUCAUUUUGACGGGUAGUGAGGAUGGAACUGUCAGAAUAUGGCAUGGUUCCACAUACCGACUGGAGGCGACACUUAGCUAUUUUCUGGAGCGCGUGUGGUCUAUUGCAGUGCUCAAAGGAUCCAACACAGCAGCUCUUGGUUAUGAUGAGGGUACAGUAGUCAUCAAAUUGGGAAGUGAGGAACCUGUUGCAUCGAUGCACUCUGGUAAGAUCAUCUGGGCCAAAGGCAACGAGAUUCAGACCGCAAACCUGAAGCUCCUGGAUGAGGGUGUCACAGCACGAGAGGGUGAGAAAGUUCCCCUCAGCGUGAAGGACAUGGGUGCAGCAGAGGUCUUCCCCCAGUACAUCGCCCACCAUCCCAAUGGCCGACUGUUUGCAGUGUGCGGCGACGGUGAGUUUGUCAUCUACACGGCUCAGGCUCUGCGAAAUAAGUCGUACGGACCUGCCCUGGAGUUUGUUUGGGCCCACUCCGGUGCCUAUGCCACUCGAGACAGCAACGGAAAGAUCACGGUCUUCCAGGACUUCAAGGAGAGCUUUUCCUUCAAGCCUCAAUUCAAUGUCGAGGAGAUUUUUGGAGGCCGUCUGCUAGGAAUCCGCGGUGGUGACUUUAUUUGCUUUUACGACUGGACCGAGUACCGCCUGGUUCGCCGCAUUGAUGUGGUGCCCAAAGACGUUAUUUGGUCUGAAGAUGGGAACAAUGUGGUGCUCAUGUGCCCAGACUCCUUCUAUGUGCUGAGGCACGACAAGGAGGCCGUCCAAGCAGCGCUGGUCUCUGGUGUUGCAGUGGACGAGGACGGGAUUGAAGCAGCCUUCGAUUUACAGAAUGAGAUCAGUGACAAGGUGAUAAGCGGCCUGUGGGUUGGAGACUGCUUUGUCUACAUUUCUCACGCCCAGCGCCUCACCUGUUUGGUGGCCGGCUCACAGGAGACCCUUGCACAUUUGGACCGAGUUCAGUACUUACUGGGCUACAUGCCGGAGCAAUCAAAGAUUUAUCUCAUUGACAAAGAGCUCAAUGUAACCCCUUUCACCCUCCACAUGGCUUUGAUAGAGUACCAGUCCGCAAUCAUGCGCAAGGACUUUCCAACUGCGGAGACCUUCUUUGCACAACUGCCCGAGUCAUUGCACAAUCGCAUUGCACGGUUUCUGGAGAACCAGGGCUACCAAGCGGAGGCUUUGCAGAUCUCGAAGGACGAUGAGCAUCGCUUUGAGCUGGCGACGCAGCUGGGCAAGCUGCAAAUGGCCGCGGAUAUCAUAGUCAGCAUCUCUGCGCAGGCAAACCCAGCAAUGCCUCCCCGCGGCAAGUGGAAGAACUUGGGAGAUGUUGCACUGGAGCAAGGUGAUUUCACUUUGGCAAAGCGUUGCUUCAGCGAAGCGAAGGACCUUGGAGCUCUCUUUCUACUCUACACUUCAGUUGGCGAUGCAGAUGGUGUCCUGGACACUGGCAAGCUUGCAGAGGAAAGCAACAUUGGGAACAUUGCAGUGCUAUGCUACUUGCUGCUGGGUGAAACCAAGCGAGCAUUAGAGGUUCUCGUCAAAGCCAGCCGCUUGCCCGAGGCGGCCUUCUUUGCCCGGACCUAUUGCCCAAGUGAGCUGUCCAGAGUUGUGAAGAUUUGGACAGAAGACUUGGCAAAGGUGAACCAGGCUGUGGCAGACUCCUUGGCCGAUCCUGCAAAGUAUCCAGAUCUUUUCCAGGACUAUGACCUGACUCUUGCUGCAGAGAAGGUCUUUGAGGCCAAGAGAAAGAACCCUCCGAUCGCUUCAGCAUAUGGAACGGAAAAGGAGAUUUUGGAGAUGGAUGUCGUAGAGGAGAUCAAAAAGAUGGGCAUUGACGGCUUCCAGAGCUUGAUUCUCAAAGGUGGAAGUGGAGACAAACCAGUGCAGCCCGUGCAGCCUGUGCAGCCCGUACAGCCCGUGCAGCCUGUGCAGCCCGUGCAGCCUGUGCAGUCUGCUCCAGUGCCUGCGGAGCCAACACCAGCGCCGGAACAGCCGACACCGCAGAUUGACUUGUUGACGCCAGAGCCCGCAGCUCCUCUUGCUCAAUCAUCGGCACCUGAAACCGUCGUUGAGUCAUCCUCUCCUGAAUUGCUGGUGCCUGAUGCAGCAGCACCACCUCCGGAAUCUGCUGGCGGAGAGCCUCCAGCUCCGGAGCAAAGUGGCGGAGGAAAUGCAGAUUUGGUCGACCUCCUUUAG